GGAGCUGGCUGCACACUACAGCCGAACUGGUGCGUGUUGUGUCCCACCUCUGGAAUGCUCUGCAGCGUCUGACUGAAGGAAUAACCCGAACCCAGAGAACACCAGGCCCUGCUUGUUCCAUGUCUCCUCACUUCCUGUCUUCAUCCUCAUCAUCAUCAUCAUCAUCUAUCAGGCAGAUGUUGCGCUUCCUUUUCAGCAUCCUUUUGCUGCUGUCCACAGGAGUCAAUGGCCAAGGUCGUCUCAAGCUGACAGUUCUGUCUGAGGACAGGCUGCAGAUGAAAUGGAAGGAGGCUGAUGGACCUGUUCAGGGCUACAAGGUCAGAGUGAGACCCAUUUCAGAGGUGCCUCAGCCAGAGUUGAUGCUGACCACCACACGGGGCCGGGCAACGGUGGCUGGAUUGGACUCUAGUCAAGAAUACGCUCUGCAAGUCCUUGUUCUCAAUGGGACAACAGAGAAACUUCUGGCAAAGCGACGAUUUACAAUGGAGAGUCUGCGGGAGGAAGAGAUGAUUCGCAGUGGAAGCCGAGAGCAGAAAAAAAAGCUGUUGCCUGUCGGGUCAGGAUCAGGAGACCUGGAUGACACAACAGAUGCUGUUAUGGGUCUGCCAACUGUUCUCUACCCAGAUCCCACAACCACUGCUGCUGCCACUGCUACAACUAUAGAGCCCCCAGCCACAGAAACCCCCACUCAACCCCCUGGGGAGGCACCAGAGAAAAAGGAGAAAAGGAAGAGAAAGAAAGAAAAAGAGCGGGACCAUUCAAAAGUGGACAACAAGGAAGAACAGGCUGAGGACAAACCCCGUAAGACGCCUUUCUCCACGCAGCCAGUUACAGGAAUGUCUCCAAGAAAACCAUUUGAAUGUGACACUGAUGCAGCAGCAGACAUCAUGCUGUUGGUUGACGGCUCCUGGAGUAUCGGACGCACAAACUUCAGGCGUGUCAGAGAUUUCUUGGAGGGCCUGAUGACGCCUUUCCACAUUGGUCCAAAUCACAUUCAGAUCGGUCUAACCCAGUACAGUGGAGACCCCCGGACUGAGUGGCAGCUCAACAACUUUACCACCAAAGAACAGCUGUUGGAGGCUGUAAGGAAUUUCAGAUAUAAGGGAGGAAACACUUUUACAGGUCAGGCACUGCUACAUGUCAUGGAGGAAAAUAUGAAGGCUGAGUCAGGCGCCAGGUCAGAUGUACCUUUUUUCCUGGUUUUACUGACUGAUGGGAAAUCUCAGGAUGAUGCCAUUUCAGCGGCAAACAGGCUGAAGAGUGCCGGCGUUGAGAUCAUUGCUGUAGGUGUGAAAAAUGCAGACGAAGCUGAGUUGAGGCAAGUCGCAUCGGAACCAGUGGAGCUGAAUGUGUACAAUGUCAACGACUUCCCACUGCUCAGCAGACUGGUGGCACGUCUGGUCCACAUCCUGUGUGGGAGGAUAGAGGACCGUGGAAUCUCAAAACGAAUGGAGCCAGGACCAACAGUAGAUCCAGCCCUGUCCUAUCCCAGUCCCACGGACCUGCGGUUCUCUGGACUGGGCUCCAGAGAGGUGAAGCUCCACUGGAACAAUCCUGUGAAUCCAGCCCGGCCAGUCCAGCAGUACAGAGUGGUUUACCACAGUGCAGAGGGUCCGAGUCCACAAGAGGUUGUGGUGGCUGGCUCAGUGUCCAGUGUCCUGUUGGAAAACCUUUCUUCUCAGACCCUUUACCAUGUUUCCAUCUUUCCUGUGUAUGAAGACAAUGUGGGUCUGGCACUCAGAGGGACUGUCACGACAUUGGCCCUGGCCAUGCCUGUUGACUUGGAGGUGACUCCUGCCUCUUACAGCUCGCUCCGGGUGAGGUGGGGUGCAGCUACCGGCGCAACACAGUACAUGAUCCUGUACUCAGCACUCAACCAUGGAGAGCCUGACGAUGCCAAGGAGGAGAAGUUUGGUGCUGAGCAGACGGUGGUGGAGAUUCUGGACUUACUGCCAUCUACAGACUACUCUGUCACACUUUACGCCCUCUAUGAUGAAGAUCCCAGCGACCCUGUUACUGCUGUGGCCACUACAUUCCCUCUCCCACCACCACUCAGCGUUCAGUUCCCGAUGGUCACCCACAGUAUGCUGAGGGUGAGCUGGGUGCCCGGAUCUGUUGACGUCCCUGGCCACAGGAUCACCUACAGCACUAACCACGGCAGUGAUGUCAAGCAGGUGGAGGUGAGAGGACUGAACUCUGUGCUGGUCCAGAACCUGUCAUCUCUGUCCAGAUACCUGGUCUCAGUCCAGUCUCAUUACCCACAAGGCCUGUCUGCAGCACUCACCAGUAACGUCACCACAUUGAAGGUGCCCUCCCCGUCAGACCUCAGGGUGUCUAAUUUCUCUGGCAGUGAAAUCACCGUAUGCUGGGAGGCUGCGGCUGAUGACGUUGUCUCUUACCUUAUCAAGUGGAUCUCACUCAGUGGAGGAGACCUAAGACAGUUGAGAGUGAGUGGGAACAGUGAAGGGGCAAUACUGGAAGGAGUGGAGGAUGACAAGGAGUACCAGAUCUCUCUGUCUGCAUUGUAUGGAGAUGGAGCUCAGAGUGAGGCUGUGGCCAUUCGCUACAGCACAUUAUCGGGUGGAGGCCCCUCGAAUGUACUGAUCUCUGAGGAGACGCCAGUCAGUCUACUGGUCACCUGGGUUCCCCCCAACGCUCAUGUCCUACAGUACCGGGUCACUUACACGGCACUGAAUGGAGCUGAAACCCAGGACAACACUCUAUUAGUCCCAGGUAGUGAAAAGCUGGUGGAGCUGCAGUCAUUGCAGCCAGACACACGUUACAGCAUCCUGGUCACUGCUGAAUAUCGCAACAGGGAAGGAGGAAGUGGUUCAGCUCAAGGCAAAACCACCAGUCUGAGGGUGAGCAGCGUGAGCGUGGUCAGGUCCGACCACUCCAGCAUCUGUGUUUCAUGGAGACCAGUGUCAGCUGUCGACGGAUACCGUAUUGUCAUUCAGUCUGUCAAAGACAAGCAAACAAAGGAAGAACUUGUAGACGAGUCCAGCAGCAGCCACUGUUUCACUGAUCUGCAGCCGGAAACGCUCCACCGCAUCAGUGUUCAUUCACUUCUAGGGUCAGCAGAGGGCGCUGCUGUCUCCAUUCUACAUCCAACAGCCACAGCUCCAGCAAGAAUUCCCAUACAUCCACGGAUGUAUCCAAUCCACAAUGAAGUCUGUCCUGAAGUCACCAUCAGAAACAGUAUAGUGAAAGGGUUUGACAUGAUGGAAGCGUUUGGUCUGACUCAGAGAGCUCACUCAUCUGUGGAGGGCGUGGCAGCCGAGCCCUUUGUCUUCAACACACUCCCUACAUACACUCUUUACAGAGAUGUCCAGCUGACACAGAGCACCAAGUUCAUCCACCCUGCAGGUUUCUCUCCAGAACAUACCAUCAGCAUCGCCUUCCGCAUGUUGCAGGAUACACCCAGGGAGCCCUUUGCCCUCUGGCAGCUCACUGACAUUGACUUUCAGCCCAAAAUGGGAGUAGUGCUUGACCCUGCUUCCAGACAUCUGGUCUACUUCAGUCUGGACUACAGAGGAGAGGUGCAGGAGCUGACAUUUGACCAGCCUCAGGUCCACAGAUUGUUCUACGGCAGUUUUCACAAGGUUCACCUGUCUGUCAGUCAGGUGAGCGUGUCCUUGUCUGUGGACUGCCAGCGCGUGGGCGAGAGGCCAGCCCGUCCUUUAGGCAACCUGCCGACUGAUGGCUUUGAGAUGCUGGGAAAACUGGUGAAGACCCGUGGGCCUAACAGUGGAUCUGCCCCGUUCCAGCUGCAGUCCUUCGAGAUCGUCUGUAACACUACGUGGGCGUUGGAGGACACCUGUUGUGACCUGCCUGGAGUGAGGGAUGAGGAGAGCUGUCCCGCCCCGGCGUACGCCUGUGCCUGCUCCUCUGACAUCCCAGGAGCUCCAGGGCCUCCUGGACCAAUUGGAAAGCCAGGCCCACGUGGUGAGAAAGGAGACAAAGGAGAGCAGGGCCAAAAGGGGGAAGGUGGUCCUCCAGGAAAGCCUGGACUCGAGGGAGGCCUGGGACUCCUGGGCAACAGAGGCCCACGAGGGAUGACCAUGCAGGGCAAAGCGGGUCCACCAGGAGAAAGGGGAGAAAAGGGUGAUCCUGGACGACCUGGAGUCCAGGGUUUACCAGGACCUCCAGGUCCCAAAGGAGAAGAGGGGUUUCCUGGCCCCAAGGGCAUUAGGGGUGUUGAAGGUAACAUGGGUCCGCCAGGCAACACUGGACCCAGGGGUUUCCAAGGAAUGCCUGGACACCCGGGACCUAUAGGGGAGAGGGGCGCUUCAGGACCAGUGGGGCCUACGGGUCUUCCAGGAAAUAAAGGGGAAAGAGGGGAGAAGGGGGAACCUCAGUCCAUGGCCAUGAUCUACCAACUUGUAACACAGGCCUGUGAGCAACUAGUCCACAAGGAGGUGUUGAAGCUGGAUAUGUUCAUUAAUGAAGUAAGUCGUAAGCCUGCUCCUAUUGAAGAGCCAGCGGGGCCGCCAGGGGAACCUGGAAUACCAGGACCUAAGGGCCCACCAGGUGCCAGGGGCACCCAGGGGAACAUUGGCUCUCGGGGGCGAUCUGGUAGACCUGGGUAUCCAGGGGAGCAGGGAAGGAGAGGUAAUCCAGGAGAAAAAGGUGAUGCAGGGCCCAAUGUCCAGGGGUCUCCAGGGAUCAAAGGAUUUGCAGGUCCUCCAGGUGAGUCUAAGCUUGGUGUUCCAGGCUCCAGAGGAGAUGACGGUAAGCCUGGACCUCCUGGUGUCCCCGGACCUCCAGGGCAGCGAGGAGAGAUUGGCCCCCCGGGGGUAUGUGACAGCAGUGGAGGCUGCCACAAGGUUUCCCCACAAACAGAAGACCCUUAUUAUGGCUACCAGCCCUGAGUGGGUAUUGACCAGCAGGCAGCAGUGGUGAGGUGAGAACAGUUCACCACUGAGGAGGUCUGAGGAAGAACUUGCUACUGACUGAUACGAGGCUGCACAAGGGACUGAAAACACAAGAAAAGGAAACACUAUAGGAAGGAUCUCUCUUUGUCCACUUUUUAUAGCUGAUAAAUGAACUGGUGUACUUACUAAGAAUGAGUAGGAUGCUUUCUUAAUAUAGAAAGUAUUUAAACAGGAAGCGUCCUUAAAUAUUUCCCAGUUGGAAAGUGCUGUCUUACAAGCCACAUUCGCACUGAAUUUUUUUGUAACUGUUUUGUAUUUAUGCACUGUAUCAAAGCCAAAUAUCUAAGCCUUCUGUGUUACACUUACAUGUAUUUCACUUGCCAUUCUAACCUUAACUGCCUCAAGAAUAAUGAAAAUACAUAACCCGUGGUCUAAAAGCUUCUUUUUGUUCCAUGGUUUAAGAGAUACUGUGAGAAUGUCUAUUGUGUGUAUGAUAAUUUGUAUAUUGUUUAUGAUAUUUACUGUAAGCAAUUAUUCAUGUUUGAUAUUUUGGUUUUGAACUCAUUGUCAAUACAUGUUUACAUUUUAUGAUUCCUGGGGGUGGGUGACUAGCAUCGCAUCACAAAUGUACGCCCGUAUGUGAGAGAAUAUGUCUAAGUAUGUGAGAGAGGAAACAGAGUGUGUGCAUGCAGCGAUUGUUUUUACACAUACUUUAUAUGUUUUUUGUUUUUGUUAAUAAAGCAAUUUUAACGUGU